GAAACAGCACAAACUACAGCAGUGCUUGUGAGCAUCAGGUGCAGCCUUGAGAUCAGCAUCCGGAUAAUCUUCAGUGGAAAAAAGAUGCUGUGUGAAAGUAAGCUGUGGUCUUUGACAUUUGACUCUGAACCUGAGUGUGCAAAUCCACGCACAUGUUCCACAGUCACAGCUCCACCAACACCUCCUCCAAGCCAUCACCUCUCAGCCCAAAUCCCAGCACACACAUCUCCAGAGCGGAACACUGAAACCAUGACCAAGGGUUGUCCUUCCUCCAAAGCUGCUGCACCAAGAAGACAGCUCUCCGUAGGCAUGAACAUCCCCAGACAAGCAGACUCACCAGAAGCGGAGGCCUUUUUGGUGCCUUCUAGCUGCCACAGCAUCUGUCAGCACUACAGCGAUUUACACAUCGCCGGUGGCCAGGUGCUGCCUCUCAGCCCUAGUGCAGACGAUGCACUGGGUUAUCACAGUCAGGACUCCCAGCCCGGUCCCUUCCUUCUAUCUGCAGAUGUCCCUUCCCCCUCCAUGCUCCCGCCUUUAGUCCAUAAAUACAGGAGCUCAAGGCGCUGGAGGGAAGAAAGCGCACGUGAGCGCUCCUCUCUUCUGCAGUUAGGUCUCCCGCUCUCGAACUCCCAGCUUAACAGCUAUCUGGAACAGAAGCUGCUGGAGUUGUACAGCCAGUAUCUGACCGACGGACCCGCGGGGACGAGGCCCGUCAUGGCCUCUGAGCUGCUACAGACCAGCCUGGACCAGAUGACCCUGCAGCUGAGCAAAGAGCAGAACAUGGAGACGGCACGGGCCAAAGACAUGGUGCUCAGCUGCCUGCUCAAGGUCACCAGCAGUUACCAGUCCAGCGAGAUCAGCACUCCUAUACUGCAGAUCUCCACUGAGGAUUUGUGAGUUUGAUGACAGAUG